GUUGCAGAGAGAGAGAGAGAGAGAGAGAGAGAGAGACGAUAGGGGGGAUUGGAGAGAGAGAGCUUGAUUCCAGCGACGGCCACAGCUUCAAUGGCAUCAAUGUCUACCAAUCACUGCUACAUGAAUUACUACAAACGCCACAGUGGCUCUCUCCUUCCCCGCAUCAUAGCUUCUCAGCAGCAGCAGAACAAAUCUACAGACAAAAUGAAUCGAAGGGAAAUAAUACUCAGGAGCAGUGAAAUUGCAGUGAUUGGAGCCAUUUUCCAAUUCAGCGGAACAAAACCUGAUUACUUGGGGGUACAGAAGAACACUACUAGUCUGGCUCUAUGUCCAGCCACUAAGAAUUGUAUAUCAACUUCUGAGAAUAUAAGUGAUCUCACUCACUAUGCCCCACCUUGGAAUUACAACCCUGAAGAGGGGCGCGGACGUAAAAAGCCUGUGAGUAGAGAAGUGGCAAUGGAGGAGCUUCUUCAAGUGAUAAAAUCUACAAAACCAGACAAGUUCACGCCGCGGAUAGUUGAGAAGAAAGAUGAUUAUGUGCAUGUGGAAUAUGAAAGCCCUAUAUUGGGGUUUGUUGACGACGUUGAAUUUUGGUUCCCACCGGGCAAGAAAUCAAUUGUAGAGUACCGGUCAGCAUCUCGCCUGGGAAACUUUGAUUUUGAUAUUAACAGGAAAAGGAUAAAGGCAUUGCGGCUGGCUUUGGAGAAGAAGGGAUGGGCAUCAGAAGAUAACCUAUGAGGAGAACAAUAAUAGAUUGCUAACUGUCUAUUCCAUUCGAAGUAUAUGAAUCAAGAAUCAGAGAAAAAGAAAAUCAAUAAUGUCUGUUACCGAAUGAAUACAAAGGAAUUGGCUUAUUUUUACAAGAUCUACAUUUUACGUU